AUCCCUCCUCCGAGAUAGCAAUGGUGAGCGAUGAACCGAAACGGAGUCCAUCGGAGCAAAGGCAAUCAGACCCUGUUGAAACUGGCCAAAACGUUGAGGGUUUGUUCAGUCCAAGAUUUAAAUCUUUGGCUGCCAUGGCUGGUUGGGAUGAGGAAUCCAUCCUUAUUGCCAGCCUUAUAGUAGAAGACACUCCUGAUCGACAGUUUAAGCACAAGAAACGCUCUGAUUUGCACUUCAAAACUCCACCAUCCGCCAGUUCAAGAAGAGAAUCAUCAGAACGUAAAACAGAAGGAGAUGAAUUGAAGAAAGAUGAUUCUGGUGUUUCUUGCUCGAAUUCAGUCUUUCCUUGCAUGGAUAAGCUCAGAGAAGAGCUUUCUUGUGCAAUUUGUUUGGAGAUUUGCUUUGAACGUACCACUUCUUGUGGACACAGGUAA